AUGGCGACUGUCACCACCAAGACCGGUCAGGUCGUUGACCGUCUGGUCUUGGACUCCAUGCUCCGCCGCCGGCUGUUCUACACCCCCUCCUUCGAGAUCUACGGCGGUGUCUCCGGCCUCUACGACUACGGCCCCCCCGGUUGCGCCGUCGUUACCAACAUUGUGGAUCUGUGGCGGAAACACUUCGUGCUGGAGGAGGAUAUGCUCGAGGUCGAUUGCACCAUGCUGACCCCGGAGGAGAUUCUCAAGACCAGUGGCCACGUGGAAAAAUUCGCCGACUGGAUGUGCAAGGAUCCCAAGACUGGUGAGAUCUUCCGCGCCGACCACCUGGUCGAGGAGGUGCUGGAGAACCGGCUCAAGGGUGAUAAGGAGGCCCGUGGCCAGAAGGUCGUGGUGGACGAGGAGAAGGAGGCCAAGAAGAAGAAGAAGUCCAAGGAGACCAAGGCGAUCAAGCUGGACGAUGCGCUGGUCAAGGAGUACGAGGAGGUGCUGGCGCAGAUCGACAACUUCGACGGCCCCGCGCUCGAGCAGAUCAUCGCCAAGUACGAUAUCCGCAACCCCACGACCGACGGCAACUUGCUGCCCCCCGUCGCCUUCAACUUGAUGUUCCAGACCUCCAUCGGCCCCAGCAGCAACAUGCCCGGAUACCUGCGCCCGGAAACUGCCCAGGGUCAGUUCCUGAACUUCCAGAAGCUCCUGGACUUCAACAACCAGUCCAUGCCCUUCGCCUCCGCCUCCAUCGGCAAGUCCUUCCGGAACGAGAUCUCCCCCCGUGCCGGUCUUCUCCGGGUGCGUGAGUUCCUCAUGGCGGAGAUCGAGCACUUCGUCGACCCCGAGAGUGGCAAGAAGCACAGCCGGUUCGAGGAGGUCAAGGACCUUGAGAUGUCGCUCCUCCCUCGCGAAGUCCAGCUGUCUGGUAGCACCCAGACCGUCAAGAUGACCAUCGGCAAGGCGGUCGAGACCGGCAUGGUCGACAACGAGACGCUCGGAUACUUCAUCGCCCGGAUCCAGCUCUUCUUGCUCAAGCUCGGCGUGGACCCGACGAAGCUCCGGUUCCGUCAGCACAUGGCCAACGAGAUGGCCCACUACGCGGCCGACUGCUGGGACGCCGAGCUGCACACCAGCUAUGGCUGGAUUGAGUGUGUUGGCUGCGCGGACCGCAGUGCGUACGACUUGUCCGUGCACAAGAACAAGACCGGCGCCCCGCUGGUGGUCCGCGAGCUUCGUCCCGAGCCUCUGAAGGUGGAGGAGUGGCAGAUCGACUUGGACAAGAAGAAGUUCGGUCCUCGUUUCAAGAAGGACGGCAAGGCGGUCGCGGCCGCCAUCGAUGCGCUCUCGCAGGAGCUUCGCGAGAAGCUGGCUCUUGACCUCGAGCAGCAGGGUAAGAUCGAGGUGGAUGUGGAAGGUGUUGGCUCUGGCAAGGUUGAGCUGGACAAGGACAUCGUCACCAUCGAGAAGCGCACUCGCGUGGAGAAUGUCCGCGAGUACACGCCGAACGUCAUUGAACCGUCGUUUGGUAUUGGCCGUAUCUUCUACAGUUUGAUCGAGCAUGUAUACUGGUCUCGCGAGGGCGACGAGGCUCGUGGGGUUCUGUCGUUCCCUCCCGUGAUUGCGCCCACCAAGGUGCUGAUCGUCCCUCUGUCAACGCACGCUUCCUUCAAGCCUCUGUCCCAGCGCCUGAUGAUGAAGCUGCGGCGCAUGGGUAUUUCCAACCGGGUGGAUGAUUCCUCGGCCAGUAUCGGAAAGCGGUAUGCCCGUAACGACGAGCUGGGCACGCCAUUCGGUAUUACAGUCGAUUUCCAGUCGGUCAAGGACAACACCUUCACGCUGCGUGACCGUGACUCGACCAAGCAGGUCCGCGCUAGCGAAGAUGAGAUUGUGCAGGCCCUGAAGUCUCUGGUGGAGGGCGAGGAGACAUGGGAGGACGUCCGCAAGCGCCUGCCGGAGUUUACUGGACAGGAGGUUGAUUAG